AAUUUUCUAAUUCUAAUCACUACUACUCUUCAUCUUAAAACAACUCUCUAGCUCUCUCUCUCAAACACACACACACAUUACAUUUUCUUCUAUAGAUUAUUAUAAGUUAUAUUGAACCUACUCACCUAUAUCUUAUAAGUGAUAUUAUUAUAUUAUGGCCUCUUUCAAGUGUUUGUGGUUCAUAGCUUUAGUAGCAUCAAGCUGCUUGUUCAUGUCUUCAGAGAGUCGAAUAGUGGCAAGAAAGGAGUUAGGGUUAGACCUUGGUGGGUUGGGAAACUUGGGGAUUGGAAUUGGAGCUGGGAUAGGGAUUGGGCUAGGUGGUGGAGGCAGUGGUGCUGGAGCGGGUUCGGGCUCUGGAUCCGGUGGCUCGAGCUCUUCUUCGAGUUCUAGCUCCUCUUCUUCUUCAUCUAGCUCGGGUGGACGUGGCGGGUCAGAAGCGGGUUCUUCUGCUGGGUCUUUUGCCGGGUCCAGGGCCGGGUCGGGAUCUGGUAGAAAUGGGGGUGGAAAGUGAGUGAGUGAAUAUUAGUAUAUUACUUGUUUUGAAAGCUAAUUAUUAAUAUUAGCUGGAGAAAUGGAACAAGUGUUAGUUUACGUAUGUGUACUUUAUAUUUGCAUGGUUUGAUCAAGUGUCAAGAAUAAAUAAGAUUUCGUACGUGGUGUGUGUAAUUUUUAUUUUUAUUUUUGUGAAACUAAGAUAGUCUUCUUUAUCAGUCCAUAUGUUGUACUUAGAUUUUGUUUGGAGUUUGGUUUACUUUAUGAUCAAUAUAUUAAUAUAUUAAAUAUAACAAUUUGUAAUUAAAUAUUGAUGUUUUAUGAAUGGGAAUAAGUUAUUAUAAUAA